AUGCCCUCUAUAUUCAAUCUGGACUUAUUCUCUGCAGUGCUGCUGGCAGCUCUGCUUCUGUGUGUGUCGGGUGCUCCGCUUGGAGAUGAAAGUAUGGCAGGUGCCUCCUCAGGUGAUGAGAUGGAGGAGGAGAAGAUUUUCUCUGUCAGUGAUUUAGCGAACUUGAAGGAGCUCAUUCAUUCUAUCCGCCUACACCAGAAAGCGUUUGAACGCGAAUCCCAGAACAUCGAUGAUUAUGAUUUGAAGCCCUAUGACCCCCCUAUCAUCCCGGAGAAGUGCAAUGCCACCAACUUCAGAAAGCUGAUGGAUGAAGAUGGGGUUGAUCAGAUAACUGACAGUGUUUGGCUUUCCUCUGUGCAGGAAUCUUGUCUCCAGAGGCUGGUCCAGGGUCUGUACAUCUACUCGGUUUAUCUCAAGAGCGCAGAGAAGGAGUACCCCAGGAGUUUGAACUUCUCUGCCUCCCAGUCAAAUAUCAGCAAGCUGAUCAACCUGAUCAACAUACUCAAACAAAAAAUGAAAAAUCCCAAUCGAGUCACAGGACCAGCCAGCAGUGAGGAGCAGAUGCUCAAGGUCAACAGUCCGUAUGCUUUCCAUAGAAAGAUGAAAGCGCACAACAUCCUGAAUCAUCUCUUUGAUUUCCUCAAAGAAGCGAAAAGAUCUAUCUGUAGAAUGGAGAUGAAGACCAGGAGAAAUAUGGCAGCAGGAAUACGGCAACCAUCGGGGGAUAUCGAUUGCUAA